GGAAGGGCGGAGCCUGCCCGGAGCCCCGCCCCCUGCCCUGCGCGCUGCUGGACCUCGUGGCGCGCCCAGGUAGGGGGGCGCCGAGCGCGCAGUGCGGACCCUCGCGGGGAACUGCGUGGUCGUCACCAUGUCGCAGGAAGGUGUGGAGCUGGAGAAGANCGUCAGGCGCCUCCGGGAGAAGUUUCAUGGGAAGGUCUCCUCCAGGAAGGCGGGGACUCUGAUGAGGAAAUUCGGCAGCGACCACACCGGAGUGGGCCGCUCCAUCGUGUACGGGGUAAAGCAGAGAGAUGGACAGGAACUGAGUAAUGACCUGGAUGCCCAGGACCCACCAGAGGACAUGAAGCAGGACCGGGACAUCCAGGCAGUGGCGACCUCCCUCCUGCCGCUGACGGAAGCCAACCUACGCAUGUUCCAACGCGCCCAGGAAGACCUCAUCCCUGCCGUGGACCGGCAGUUUGCCUGCUCCUCCUGUGACCAUGUCUGGUGGCGCCGUGUGCCCCAGCGGAAGGAGGUGUCCCGGUGCAGGAAAUGUAGGAAGCGGUAUGACCCGGUGCCCUGUGACAAGAUGUGGGGUGUGGCUGAGUUCCACUGCCCGAAGUGCCGACACAACUUCCGGGGCUGGGCACAGAUGGGGUCCCAGUCCCCUUGCUACGGGUGCGGCUUUCCCGUGUAUCCCACACGGAUCCUCCCUCCGCGCUGGGACCGGGACAUGGAUCACCGCAGCACCCACACCCACUCCUGCUCAGCUGCCGACUGCUACAACCGGCGAGAGCCCCACGUGCCUGGGACGUCCUGCGCACACCCCAAGAGCCGGAAGCAGAACCACCUGCCCAAAGUUAUACACCCCAGCAACCCCCACAUCAGCAGUGGCUCCACUGUGGCCACCUGCCUGAGCCAGGGGGGCCUCCUAGAAGACCUGGACAACCUCAUCCUAGAGGACCUGAAGGAGGAGGAGGAGGAGGAGGAAGAGGAGGGAGGGCACGGGGAGUGACCCCUGCCAGGUGCAGAUGAAAACCAGACACGGUCUGUGGUUAUUUUGUGUUGUUAUAAAAUAUGAGGUCUAACCAAGA